AUGUUUGACAAACUACUAUUUCUUUUAAUCGUCGUGCUUACUAUUCGUGAAAGUAAAGGCGCAAGAAUAUUAGUAGUGGUACCAACUCCAUCGAUAAGUCAUCAAAUUAUAUUCAGACCGCUUACCCUGGAAUUAGCAAAGAGAGGUCACGAGGUUACAGUUAUAACAACAGAUCCAGCUUUCACAGAUGUUAAUAGACCAGAGAACCUCACGGAAAUUGAUAUACAUGAUGUCACAUACUCACUGUGGAAAAACAAGCUUAAAGAAACGGACUUAAAAUUUGGCCAGAAAGAAGGAAUAUUUGUAUUUAUGAAAGAACUUUCAUUAUUGAAUGGUAUGUUUUUAGAAGUACAAAUGAAAACAGAGGGGGUACAGAAUAUUAUCAAUAAAGAUGAAAAAUAUUACGAUCUAUUAGUGACAGAGGCAUUUAGUAGACCAGCUCUGAUGUUUUCGCACAUCUUUAAGGCACCUCUCAUUCAGUUAAGUUCUUUCGGAAUGUGGUUGGACAGUGAAAACAUUAUUGGAGCUCCAAGACAUCUGUUUUUAUAUCCAAACAUGAUUAAUCAAAGACUGUAUAAUUUAACCUUCUCGGAAAAAGUGUACGAGCUGUACAAACAUUAUUGCAUUUUAAAUAUGUGGUAUGACACUGAACAAACGGAACUUAUUUCACUGAAAAAAUAUUUCGGCGGUGACGUUCCGCCUUAUGAGGAGUUGUAUAAAAAUGUUGAUAUGUUAUUUUUAAAUAUACACCCAAUGUUGAGCAAUAACCAACCCUUGCCACCAAAUGUGAUUUCCAUUUGGGGAAUUCAUACAAAACCGGUGAAGUCCUUGCCAGAAGAUCUCGAGAGAUAUUUAACGUCUUCAAAGAAUGGCGUAAUAUAUCUAAGUUUUGGAACGAACGCAUUAUCAUCAAUGUUGCCACCUGAAAAAGUUCAGAUAUUAAUUAAUGCAUUUUCAAAAUUACCCUUUAAUAUUUUAUGGAAAUGGGAGCAAGAUGAACUUCCGGGAAAACCGGAAAAUGUCAAAAUAGUAAAAUGGUUUCCGCAGUCAGACCUCUUACAUCAUCCAAAUAUUAAGCUGUUUAUAACGCAAUGUGGUCUUCAGUCUCUGGAGGAAGCGAUAAAUGCCGGUGUACCACUUAUUGGCAUACCAAUGCUUGGGGAUCAAUGGUACAAUGCAGAAUUAUUUGAAUAUCACAAAAUUGGAUUGAAACUUGACUUAGAUGUGUUAACUGAAGAUACAUUAACUAAUGCCAUAUUUAAAAUGACCAAUGAUUACAGUUUUAAAGAUAAUAUCAUUUCUCUUCGAACCAUAAUGCAUGACCAGAUAGAAGGGGGUUUGGACCGCGCAGUAUGGUGGACUGAAUAUGUGUUGCGACAUGGAGGGGCAAAGCACCUACGACCUGCUGGUGCUAAUAUGACCUGGCUAGAAUAUCUGGAAGCAGAAUUCGUUCUUAAACUUAUUAUUCUAACGACUUUAACUUGCAGUAGUGGAGCUAAAAUUUUAGUCGUCGUGCCUACACCAUCUAUAAGUCAUCAGGUUGUGUUUCGACCACUCACGCAAGAGUUAGCUAGUAGAGGUCACGAAGUAACAGUUAUUACACCAAAUCCAGUGUUUACUAAAGACAGCAGACCAGCCAAUUUGACGGAAAUCGACGUUCAUGAUGUCACUUAUGGUCAUUGGAAAGGUAGGAAUAAAGAAAAUAGUGCAAAAUUUGGAAAUAAGGACGGACUCUUUGAAGUCGUUUGGGAUCUUACCUCUGGUAUGGGUGAUAUUUUGGAGACACAGUUGAAAACGAAAGAGGUCCAAGACAUUAUUCAGAAUAAAAAUAAAACUUAUUACGACCUGCUAAUGAUAGAGGCUUUCAUAAGACCAACUAUAUUGUUUUCUCAUAUAUUUAAAGCACCGGUUAUUCAAAUAAGCUCUUUGGGUAUGCCGUUUGGAAAUGAAGAUAUUGUUGGUGUGCCAACACACCCUUUUUUAUAUCCAACAUUCAUGCACCAGAGAUUGUACAAUUUAACGUUUUGGGAGAAAUUUUACGAAUUAUACAAACAUUAUUGGAUCCAAUACACGUGGUAUAAAAGUGAAGAUAAGGAAGUGAACAGAUUAAAAAAAUAUUUUGGUAACGAUGUACCGUGCUAUAGGACCCUUUAUGAUAACGUCGAUAUGCUGUUUUUAAAUAUACAUCCACUUUGGACAAAUAAUCAACCUGUACCAUCAAAUGUUAUAUCGAUAUGGGGAAUACACAAGAAAGAGGAAAAACCUUUGCCAGAAGAUCUUCAAAAAUAUUUGAACUCGUCGAAGAAUGGAGUAAUUUAUUUGAGCUUCGGCUCAAACGUAUUAUCAUCAAUGUUGCCAGCUGAAAAAAUACAGAUAUUGAUUAAUACUUUUUCCAAAUUACCGUUUGACAUUGUAUGGAAAUGGGAAGAGGAUGAACUACCAGGAAAAUCGGAAAAUAUAAAAGUAUCUAAGUGGUUACCGCAGUCUGAUCUUUUGCGUCAUCCCAAAGUAAAGCUAUUCAUAACACAAGGUGGUCUUCAGUCCACAGAGGAAGCCAUCAAUGCAGGUGUACCGCUCAUAGCUAUACCGAUGUUUGGAGAUCAAUGGUAUAAUCUACAAAAGUAUGAAUUUUAUAAAAUUGGAAUGGGCCUGGAACUGGAAAACUUGAGCGAAGAUAAGCUAACUAACGCAAUAAUGACUGUCAUUAAUGAUCAAAGUUUCAAGAAGAACAUAAAACGCCUUAGUACGUUGAUGAGUGACCAUCCACAAGGUGCGUUGGAUCGUGCAGUAUGGUGGACUGAGUAUGUGCUGCGUCACGGAGGAGCGAAGCAUUUUCGAGCAGCUGGAGCAAAUAUAUCGUGGGCAGAAUAUUAUGAAGUGGAAUUGCACGGGCCGCCGAACAGCGCCCCUCCGCACAACGCAUCGAACCGCACGCGUCGCAGCGGUUCACCACAGCACGCACAGAGGCGCCCGCGCCGCUCGCGCGAGUCUGCGCCGCGCUGCCACACGAUCACAUUGAACUGCACUUUGCCCGCUGACACUUGCACUUAG